AAGGUUCAGAAGUCGGACUUCGACUGCGUAAAAUUGCAAAAACGAUGUUAGAACCUUCCACUCACGCGCUGGACGUCGCGUGGAACUUCCUCAAACCUCCGACAAGGAAUCCAGUCACAGUUUCUGGUGUCUCCAGUUCAAAACUGCUGUGCUGUCUUUCUUUCUGCUCAAAGCAAAGUUUCCAGCAGAGUUUCCCACUUCUGGACGUGGCCGCCCUUCUCUUCUCUUUCUCUGUAUACUUUUCACGAAUACACACACUCCCCCACUCACUAUGUGUGCUUCUAUACAUACAUAAAUCAUACGUGGCUGUUUAUGGAAGGUGCCGUAGAUCUGGAUCAAAGGCGGAGUCCGCCGGAGGCGGUGGUGGUGCCGAUGGGACAGGCUGGAGAAGCUAGCUCUUCUUCUAGUUCCGGUGAAGUUUCAGUCAAGUUCGAGAAAGAUUCUCCGGGGGUCACUGUUGCUUCAGUUGAUAGUACCGCGGCUGCGGCGCUGUCUAAUGGCGGCAGCAGCUCUUUAGGGAGUGUAGGGGCGACUGUUUCUAGAGUAAAUACGAUGCCUCCAAAAAUUUUGAGUUCUGAGAAGUUAGAGCCUCCUUUGGUGUUAGACAGAUCGAAGACUGAGAGGCAAAGACACAAUAAUUUACUUCCCGAAGAGGCUGCUCAGAUUUUUGAUGACCGAAUUUCUGUACAGCAGAAGCUCAAAUUGUUGAACAGAAUAGCUACUGUCAAAGAUGAUGGAAGUGUAGAAUUUGAAAUUCCAGGAGAUGUUGAACCUCAUACACUUGGAGUUGGUACUGAAAGUGUAUAUAAAGAGGUGGAUGAAGAGCCCCUUGAUGAAACAGAACUUCAGUAUGUUCCUCCAUUGCAAAUUGUUAUGCUUAUUGUUGGCACUCGUGGAGAUGUACAGCCAUUUGUUGCGAUUGGGAAACGACUACAGGAUUAUGGACAUCGUGUUAGAUUGGCUACCCAUUCCAAUUUCAAAGAGUUUGUCUUGACAUCUGGGUUGGAAUUCUAUCCCCUUGGUGGUGAUCCUAAAGUUCUUGCAGGAUACAUGGUUAAGAAUAAAGGCUUCUUGCCUUCAGGGCCUUCAGAAAUACCUGUACAAAGAAAUCAAAUGAAGGAAAUAAUUUAUUCUCUACUUCCAGCAUGCAAAGAGCCUGACAUUGAUUCAGGGAUUCCUUUCAAAGCCGAUGCAAUAAUCGCAAAUCCUCCAGCAUAUGGUCAUACACAUGUUGCAGAGGCAUUGAAAAUACCUAUUCAUAUAUUUUUCACAAUGCCUUGGACGCCAACCAGUGAAUUCCCCCAUCCUUUAUCCCGAGUUAAGCAAUCAGCUGGAUAUAGGUUAUCGUAUCAGAUUGUCGACUCCUUGAUUUGGCUAGGAAUAAGAGAUAUGAUCAAUGAUGUUAGGAAAAAAAAGCUGAAGCUACGGCCAGUCACGUACUUGAGUGGAUCACAAGGAUCCGAAUCGGAUAUUCCACAUGGUUACAUCUGGAGUCCUCACCUUGUUCCUAAACCACAAGAUUGGGGACCAAAGGUUGAUGUCGUUGGAUUUUGCUUCCUUGAUCUUGCAACAAAUUAUGAGCCUCCCGAGUCGCUUUUAAACUGGCUUAAAGCUGGUCCAAAGCCUAUAUAUAUCGGGUUUGGCAGUCUUCCUGUUCAAGAACCAGAAAAAAUGACACAAAUAAUCGUUGAGGCUUUAGAAAUAACUAAACAAAGAGGCAUUAUUAACAAAGGCUGGGGUGGCCUUGGUGAAUUGGCAGAAGAAAAGGACUUUGUGUAUCUGCUGGAUAACUGUCCUCACGACUGGCUUUUCUUGCAAUGUGCUGCUGUGGUGCAUCAUGGGGGCGCAGGAACAACAGCUGCUGGUCUUAAAGCUGCGUGCCCAACAACUAUCAUCCCUUUCUUUGGUGACCAACCUUUCUGGGGAGACAGAGUCCAUGCCAGAGGUGUAGGCCCUCCACCAAUUCCAGUUGAUGAAUUUUCACUUCAAAAGCUGGUUGAUGCAAUUAAAUUUAUGCUAGACCCCAAGGUCAAGGAACGUGCAGUUGAACUUGCAAAGGCAAUGGAAAAUGAAGAUGGGGUGACGGGAGCUGUGAAGGCAUUCCUCAAACAUCUUCCGCGUAAGAACCGUGAGCCUGAUCCCAUUCCCGAACCUACACCAUCAAGCCUUUUCUCAGUACGUUCAUGCUUUGGUUGUUCCUGAUUUUAACGGAUGAGGUUGUCCCUUUCGUUUCUGUAUUCAUUAUUGGAGGUUGAAAUUAUAUCUUUUGAUUUUUCUUUGGCGAUGGUACUUUCUCCCAGCAACAAUUUUUGUUCAUAAUCCCACCUUGUUCACAUCACUGCUUCCCUGUAGUUACAAGUAUUGUAUGUCUUGAUUGCAUGGAAUUAGUUCAUGAAUUCGUUUUAUUUUCCAUCUUGUCUUCAUUUGUCAUCAGAGUACUUUGACAUGUCGAUA